GCACAUCAAGAGGGCCGGUACUCUCUGGUCAAUUUCACCCAAGACGUCUCGCUGCGUAUACAUAAUAUUUAUCUAAAUGAUCAUCGAAGUUAUUGCUGCGUUGUCUUUAUCGCACAACAAUCACUGCUAAGCAAACAGUUUACAAGUCUGAUCAUUGCAGAUUACCAACCAUCCUGGGGAUCAGCCAGCUAAUGAAAUCCCAGUACAAGAAGGACAUUCAGUGAUCCUUAUCUGCUCCUACACCCUUCCUAGUGGUCGGUAUACAGAGAGAGAUGUUGUGCGGGUCAAUGUAUACUGGAGGGUGGGGAAUGUAACCGGACCGUACGCCUACCACCCCUACCGGGAAAUGGUCCAUUCUACAUAUAGACAUCGGACAAGCAUAAGAGGAAUGACUGAUCUAAUGAUAAAGAAUGUGAUGAAAGCAGACAAUACUUCAUUUCACUGCUUUGUGGUGGUCAAACUGUGUGCAGGUGACAACCAAUAUGAAGAUGAAAUUCAGUAUGGAGGAGGAACCAGACUUAUCAUCAGUGGUAAAGAUGCUUCGACCAUAGAAAGACACAUGUUAUUAAUUAUUGUCUCCUCGGGGGCUGUCCUAAUCAUCCUCCUAGUGAUCCUAAUAGUUUUAACGGUAAAAGGUGUUAUUUGUAAAAAGAAAACCAGUUUUUCUGAACAGCAGAUGAACACCAUGCCAGCUGCAGGUGAUGUGACAAGUGAGGAGGGACCAUACUGUGAAAUAGGCGCACGGAAACCAGAGCAUAUCUCAGUGGAUGGCACUGAUGAGGCGGGAGGUAACGAGAUGGAAAACAGGCAGAUGGAAGAUGGAGCAGAUAGAGAAGAUGGUAGCCUCCUUUACGCCAAACUAAACAAAGAAAAACUGAAAGAGAAACAUCCAGCUGAGAAUCCAAAGCAGAAUGAAGAGGUCCUCUACGCCGCUGUAGUCAAAACAACUUCUGAAUAG